UGCGCCGAACUACUGUUCUCUUCCGUCUGAACUCUCGUCUCGAUCGAUAUAAUCGCGUAAAAAAAAAACUAAUGGCGGAGCUCCACAAACGCCGGGCAAAGUCGCCCCUCGAGGAGGCGUCCGAGAGCACGACGCCGGGCAGCAGCUCGGCGGCGCACCGGCGACUGUUGGCAGCGGGAUUCUACGGAGUCAGUUCGUUCCUCAUCGUUGUGGUCAACAAAAGCGUCCUGACGAGCUACAGAUUUCCGUCCUCGACAUGCGUUGGAAUCGGCCAAAUGUUGGCUACGGUUGUAGUCCUGAGGACCGGGAAGAUGUUCGGCGUCAUCUCGUUUCCAGAUGUGGAUCGGUCGAUACCGCGCAAGAUGUUUCCGCUGCCUCUCCUGUACGUGGGGAAUCAAAUAUCGGGGCUGUUUGGGACGCAGCGUCUCAAUCUGCCCAUGUUCACGGUCUUGAGGCGGUUCAGCAUCUGUCUCACCAUGCUGUUCGAGGGACUCUUGCUCAAGAAGACGUUCUCCGCCCCGGUGAAGGCCACGGUGUUCGCGAUGGUCUUCGGCGCGUUUGUCGCCGCCAGCGCUGAUCUAGCUUUCGACCUGCUAGGAUACAUCUUCAUAAUGACGAACAACGUCCUGACGGCGGCCAGCGGGGCGUACGUGAAGCAGAAGCUGGAUUCCAAGGAGCUGGGCAAAUACGGGCUUCUCUACUACAACGCUUUAAUCAUGAUUUUCCCCACUACCGCGUACGCCUACUACUCCGGGGACCUGCAAGUGGGGUUGGCGUAUGGUGGCUGGUCCGAUCAGCUGUUUGUUGUGCAGUUUGUGCUCUCCUGUGUCAUGGGCUUCGUGCUGAUGUACUCCAUCAUGCUGUGCACGCAGUACAACUCGGCGCUCACCACCUCCAUCGUGGGCUGCAUUAAGAAUAUCCUUGUGACCUACAUCGGGAUGAUGUUCGGAGGAGACUACAUAUUCACCUGGACCAACUUCGUAGGUCUGAACAUCAGCAUCGCCGGCAGCCUGGUGUACUCCUACAUCACCUUCACGCAGGAGCAAACCAAAAAGGCGUAAACCACGGAGUCCCGAGCCGUCAUACAAGAGCCGCCAAUGUCCACAAAACAUCAAGUUUUAAGCUGUUUGAAUGUUUUGAAAAAAUGUAUGUGUAUUCGUUGUAUUUCGUCAGCAUGUUUUAGCUGCAAUCAAGCCGAGUAAAGUUGUCUUUAAGUGCCUUUUCAUAUUUCACUGGUUCAGUGAGUCUUGGGCACUUUAAUAUUUGACAAAUCAAUGUACUUAAAGGAAAGAUCAUAUUCCGAUUUCUCCACACCAGUUUUUAAUAUGUAGUUUAUUUUAAAUACAUUCCUACUGCUGAUCUUCACUAUUUUAAACGGUGUAAUCAUAUUACCAUGAUUGUUUCUGAUCAAGGCCAAGGAGUCGUUGAACAUUUUAAAUAUUGUAAUAAAUGAGAUUUUUACUUUA